AUGGCCUUGCCCAAGCGGAUCAUCAAGGAGACAGAGCGCCUGAUGGCGGAGCCUGUCCCUGGUAUCAAUGCAGUGCCUCAUGAAGAUAACCUCCGAUACUUUGACGUCUCGAUCCAUGGCCCUGCCCAAUCUCCAUACGAGGGUAUGUCUGCUCGACUAUUCGAUCGGUGUCGACAAUCGCUAACCAACUCCCAUCAGAUCCGCUUCCUGACCAAGAUCUACCACCCGAACAUCGACCGUCUGGGACGGAUCUGUCUGGAUGUGCUGAAAAACAACUGGUCCCCCGCUCUCCAGAUCCGGACGAUUCUGCUGUCCAUUCAGGCACUGCUCGGAGCCCCCAACCCGGACGACCCGCUCGCCAACGAUGUCGCGCAGCGGUGGAAGGACGAUGAGCCGGCGGCGAUCCAGACGGCCAAGGAGUGGACCCGGACGCAUGCCAUGACCUGA